AUGCGCCCCACUGAAACAAUUCUUCUACCCCGUCUUCCGCCGCGCACCCUCGUCGGCCUGGAUCUUCUGAGCUUCACAUCAACCGAGCAAUUCUACGGGAUCAGUGACCUGCCUCCUGGCUGGCACUUCCUCUACACAGGCACCACAGAAAGCUUCUCGUUACGCUGCGGAUCAUGGCUUUACGUCGGGGAUAUCAACAGCACUUACGCCCAGCAACAACGUAAUCCUACUCCGACGAGCGGCACUGUCGCAAGGUACAGAGCCCUCGGCAACGACGAACAGAUCGAAGUGCGAAUAUGGAAAUGGAAUGAAGACGCGGAGAGUCUGGCUCCCCUGAGAAGUGACUCGGACAGCAAUCGGUUAGAGGCUAUGCGAUGGAAGGCCAAUUUGGGAGGAUUAAGGCAGAUGGGCGCUUUGUUCAGUUAUAAAAAGAGAGAGCGAGGUGGAGAUGGAGAUGAAGAAGAUGAAGAUAAUGACACAGUGCGCAGUGAUUGGGUCAAGCUUACGAAUCGCCUGUCGCCGGAAAUCCUGUCGCGGAUCUUGGGUAAUCCAAUAAUCGAUGACGAUGAUCGACCGAGUUGGAGUAUAAACUCCGGGUGCAGCGCUGCUGAGGACGCGGAACAUAUUCCGGGGAUAUCGGCAGCAGCAGCAGCAGAAGAAGAUAAGAAUGUCAGCAGGGACGGUGAAAGGAUGGAGGAGAAAGAACUACGAUUCCUCCCUAUCGAUCUCAAGCGGACAUGGAGAGAAGGCGCAAUCGGGCGUGAGAGAACAGAAGCUGCUCAGGACAGGUCAUGGGCAUUGGGCAAUCUUAUACGGAGAUAUAGCCAAGAUCUAGACGAGAAGACUGGCGAGAGCCAAAUCCUGGGCGAGCUGCAGUUCUGUUUCCUCAUGAUCCUGACUCUGAUGAACUACUCGUGUCUGUCGCAGUGGAAACGAUUACUAUCCUUGAUUCUGACCUGCAGCACGGCGAUCCGAGAACGGCAAUCUUUCUUCAGAGACGUACUGCAGCUUCUGCGCCUGCAACUACGGCACUGCGACGAUGUUGACGGUGGUCUUUUUGAGAUGGAUGGUGAUUACGAUGCGAAUUUCUUGCGAAAAUUGUUGACCGAUUUCCGUCAAUCCCUACAACAGCAGCGACAGCAACAACAAGAAGAAGCAGCAAACGAUGAUGUCGGGUCAAUAAGCGCCGAAAUGGAUGCUCUGGAGGAAUGGGUACGCGCGGAGUACGGAUGGGAACUACGCAAGGACUCGAUCAUGCGUCGGGGCAUGUUGCAGCUGGAGGACGGGGAAGAGAUUGAGAUGGAAAUGAGCGGUGCUGAUGAGGACGACGAGACGGGCGAGUAUGCGCCUGUGAUUGUCGAUAUGGGAGAUACCAUUGAGGCAGCGGCCGAUUUUGAUAUGCCUAUGAAUUAG